UACUCUUCCGACAGCCUCAGAAAUGUUUAUUUGUAUCUUCAAAGUGGUCAGAUUGUCCAACUUUCUCAGGCUUCUGUUUUUGACACUUUUGGCAGUGUCUGGCACAAUUCUGAUUAGACACAUCUCUCAACCAUGCACGCUCAAAGACCUUGGCGAUGUGGACAAUGUUAGGAAACUAUUCUGCAGACAUGGACUUUAUGACCUUCUCAACCUAAAACCACCAAACCAAGGUGAGCUCAAUUGUUCAAAGAUUAUUAAAGGGGAUUCUGAGGCUAUAAAUCAGGGGCUGCUAAUCAAUGCGGACACUAAGGGAAAACGCUUGAAUUUAAAGGAGCAAGAUUAUAUAAACAUGACUCGUGACUGCCAAUACUUUAAAGAUUUCAGAAAAUAUAUCACUAUACCUGUAAGCAAGGAGGAAGAGGAGUUUCCUAUUGCCUAUUCCAUGGUAGUUCAUGACAAAAUUGAAAUGUUUGAGCGACUUUUAAGAGUCAUUUAUGCCCCUCAAAAUAUUUAUUGUGUCCAUGUGGAUGGAAAGGCACCAGUACAGUUCAAGGCUGCAGUGAGAGCCAUCACCUCAUGCUUUAAUAAUGUGUUUGUGGCAUCUAAACUAGUGAAAGUGGUCUACGCGUCAUGGUCAAGAGUACAGGCUGACUUCAACUGCAUGAAGGAUCUGCUGCAAAGCAACAUUCCAUGGAAGUACUUGCUGAAUACUUGUGGGACAGACUUCCCACUGAAGACUAAUGCUGAAAUUGUGAGAGUUCUUAAAACAUUAAAUGGAAAGAAUACCAUGGAAUCUGAGAAGCCAUCGGAUUCGAAAAAGAGACGUUGGGAAUAUCAUCAUGAAGUUCGUGAUGGUAUUUUUCAGACGGAUACUAAAAAAUUACCUCCACCGAUUAGCAGCCCCAUGUUUUCUGGAAACGCAUAUUUUGUGGUAUCCAGGGACUUUGUGCAGUACAUAUUCGUAGACAAACGGGUGCAAAAACUUAUAGACUGGGUGAAAGAUACUUAUAGUCCAGAUGAACAUCUGUGGGCUACAUUAAACCGAAUGCCUGGUGUUCCAGGCUCAUCUCCUUACAAUGACAAAUAUGAACUUUCAGACAUGAAUUCAUUAGCUCGAAUGGUAAAGUGGCAAUACAGUGAAGGGGACAUACAUAAAGGAGGUGCCUACCCUCCUUGCACAGGAAUCCAUAGAAGGGCUGUAUGUGUAUAUGGUACAGGAGAUCUGAGCUGGAUUCUGAAGCAGCAUCAUUUGUUUGCCAACAAAUUUGAUCCACAAGUAGAUAAUGUUGCCAUAGAUUGCAUGGAGGAAUAUAUAAGACAUAAAACUAUUUUCAACAUAGAUCUAUAA